AUGGAGUUGCGCCUCUUCUUUUUCUCCACUCCUCCUCCCUUUCGGACAUUUUCCUCAUCGGCUGAUGGCGAGUUCACGUCGGCCAUUUCGACGACGUACGAGCUUUGCAGGUGUGGCUUCACUUUCUCGUUUCGAGACGUCAAGAUUCCGAUUCUUUCCUUCGUGGUGCCUGUUGGAGUGUAUGGUGGCUUGAAUUCCGACGUUGAAGCGAUUGUAUUUGUUUCGGAGCGCAUCGAAGAGCGGGCGGUAGAGCAUCGCUCGAACAAGUCGAAGUUGGAGCAGAUCGACUCACGUGGAUUGCACUGA